UGCUCCUGCUGGUCCCUGUUCUGUCCGGGUUUAGCACCCCUCCUCUUGCCCUGCACAGCCACACACUCAGGCACGCUCACAGCCACACCUCUGCCUUCCACCCUCCUCCUCGCUUCCAAGAUGAAGGCUCAGAGGUCCUUGUCUGGGAGACACCAGAGCAGACUGAGCCCCUGCUGAGCCCCCCCACCCCACUGCAGCCAGGCCCCGCCCACUGGCUCUGCAGCGCCCACCUUCUGCCUCUCCUCUGUGUGACUUCGUUCCCUGGGGUUACACAUCCUACUAGGGCCACUGACCUGGAGGGGUCCCCAGAGUUAGGGGUCCCCUGGCAACCUGGGUCUGUCUCAGGCUGCUUUGUAGGGCGGAGAACCUGGGGCCCAAGCGCCCACCCCUAAGAAAGCCCCCUGCAUCAGUUUGCCCUGUUAGGGGGUGACCAGUGGUUCACAAAGCUCUCAUCUACUCAGAGCCUCUCGCAUGGGAAAGAGUGACAGCCCGAGAGGGGCAGGGUCGCGGCCAAGGGCAGGAGCUCUCCUGGGGGGAGCAGCUGAACUGUGGGUAGUUCCAGGCCUUGGGACAGGCGGACGGAGGGCUCUGAGGGGAGAGGCUUUUUCCGGGGGCGGAGAGCUCCCGGCACAGGUGUGGUGGUGGGUAGGGGUGCUGGUGAUUUCCUGCAGUGUUUCUUCGACUUGUCCCGAACUGGUUCUUAGUCUGCACCUCCCAGCCUGGCCCACCGUGGCCUCCAACCCUGGGGCAUCCUGGUCUCAGUGCAGCUGGCCACCAGCUGGGGGUGGAAGGGGCCUCUCUAGUCCCUGGGUUUCUGGGGGCUCCCUGCUGGGCGCCCCUGGUCUGCCCCUGCCCUGCCGCCGCCAUGUGCCCAGGGCCUGGGCCGCCUCGGGGCAGCAGGGGGGAGAUGGCCGCAGCUGGGCGUCCGGUGGCUUCCCCUUCCUGCCGCUCCCCAAGCAGCAGGGCGGGAAAGGUGGGGCAGGAAUUCCUGGGCCUGCGCUCUUGGCCUCUUGGCUGCAGUUCCCAGGCGCCUCCCUCCUGUGCUCCUGCACAGGGCUGGGCACUGCCGGAAUCCUCGGAGCAGGGAGCCCCUACGUCUGGCACCCUGGCCAUGUGCAGCCCCGAGGAGUCAGCCCUGCUGCGGCUGGAGGAGGGCUUCUCAGCCGCCCUGGCCCACAUCAACAGCCUUGUCCUCCAGCCCCUGCUUUCGGCCGGUACAUCGAGUCCUACACGAACUGCUUGGUGGUGCAGGCUUUUCAGAAGGCAGCAAAGAGGAGGAGCGAGUACUGGCGGGGCCGGCGGAAGGCGCUUCGGCAGCUGCUGUGGGGCGUGAGCCCAGAGGGCUCGGUGGGCACGGUGCUGGUCCAGGCCCUCCGGCAGCCGCUGGCCCACCACGUGCAGCAGUGUGUGCUCCAGCUACUGAGCCUCAGCGGCGCCAUCGGGGAGCGUGACCCUGCCCGGGAGCUGGUGGUGCGUGCAGCCGUCCUGUUUGGGAACCUCGAGUCCUUCCUCCGGCAGGCUGUGGACCAGGCUGUGGCCACGCAGGGCCUGUGGCACACCCUGAGCAGCCGGCUGAGGGACGUGCUGUGCACCCCUGCUCGCCGGCUCUUGCAGGACAGCCACGACGUGCCUGUGACGGCCACCCCGCUGCGGGCCGAGCGCGUGCUGCUCUUUGACGACGCCCUGGUGCUGCUGCAGGGCCACAGCGUCCACACUUUUGAUCUGAAGCUGCUGUGGGUGGAUCCUGGGCGGGAUGGGUGCGCGUUUCAGCUCCUCACGCCUGAAGACGCAUUCUCUCUUUGUGCCAAGGACCGCCAGGGCCAGGCGGUCUGGCAGUGGAAGGUGACCCGGGCUGUGUGCCAGGCCCUGCGGGGAAAGAAGGACUUCCCUGUGCUGGGGGCUGGCCUGCAGUCAUCGGAGCCCCCCGCCUACCGCUGCGGAGCCUACACCUUCUGCGCCGAGGGCCGGUUUUGCCGUGCCACCUACGAGGGCGAGUGGCAGCGUGGCAGGCCCCAUGGCAAGGGAACCCUGAAGUGGCCAGACGGGCGCAGUCACGUGGGCGAUUUCUGCCAGGGCCUGGAGCACGGCUUUGGCAUCCGCCUGGUGCCACAGGCCUCCGAGGACAAGUUUGACUGUUACAAGUGCCACUGGACGGCAGGCAGCAUGUGCGGCUACGGCAUCUGUGAGUACGGCAAUGACCAGGUGUACAAGGGCUAUUUCCAUGCGGGCCUGCGGCACGGCUUCGGUGUCCUGGAGAGUGCGCCGCAGGGCCCCCAGACGUUCAGGUACACCGGCCACUGGGAGAGGGGCCAGAGGAGCGGCUAUGGCGUCGAGGAGGACGGGGACAGGGGCGAGCGCUACAUCGGCAUGUGGCAGGGCGACCAGCGCCAUGGCCCGGGGGUCGUAGUCACCCAGGCAGGUGUCUGCUACCAGGGCAGCUUCCAGGCGGACAAGAUAGUGGGUCCCGGCGUGCUGCUGUCUGAGGACGACUCCCUGUACGAGGGCACCUUCACCAGGGACCUGAGCCUUGUGGGGAAGGGUAAGGUCACCUUCCCCAAUGGCUUCACCCUGGAGGGCACAUUCGGCAGUGGGGUGGGGAGAGGACUGCACACGCAAGGCGUACUGGACACAGCUGCUGUCCCGCCGGACCCCAGCAGCACCCGCAAGAGGCAGCUGGGGCUGGACGCCUUACCGGUGGAGAGCCGCUGGCAGGGAGUCUACGGCCCCUUCCGGGACUUCGUGGCUGCUGGCUGCCCCGCAGACCUGCAGGAGGCCAUGCUGGGCUUCCACGUGCAGAGCUCGCGGGAGCUGCGCAGGUCCCAGGAGUACCUGUGCUGCACGAGGACGCACCCCGAGGACAGUGAGGGCAGCGUGGCCGACACCCUGGACGAGCUGCUGCGGCACCGGCAGCCUGAGGCCCUGCAGCAGUACCUGAGCAAGGCCCUGAGCCACCCCCUGCACCCGCUGGGCAAGCUGCUGCGCACGCUGAUGCUGACCUUCCAGGCCACGUACGUGGGCAUCGGGGCCAACAAGCACCUGCAGGGGCUGGCCCAGGACGAGGUGAAGCAGCACGCCCGGGAGCUCUGGGCCGCCUACAGGGGUCUGCUGCGGGUCGCCUUACAGCGCAGGGGCCACACCCUGGAGGAGGAAGACACCGAGACACGGGACCUGCAGGUGCACAGCGUGAUGCUGCCGCUCGUGCUGCCCAGCUUCUACUCGGAGCUCUUCACGCUCUACCUGCUGCUCCACGAGCCCGAGGACGGCCUCUACAGCCAGGGCAUCACCAACCUGAGCCUCUUCCCCGAUGCCAAGCUGCUGCAGUUCCUGGAAGUGCAGAAGCACCUGUGGCCGCUGAAGGACCUCAGGCUCACCAGCAAUCAGAGGCACUCCCUGGUCAAGGACAAGUGCUUCCUGUCAGCCACUGAGUGCCUGCAGAAGAUCAUCACCACGGUGAGCCCUUGGGAGAAGCUGCAGGUGCUGGAGCGGACGUACGGGGAGAUCGAGGCCACCGUGUCGCGGCUGCUGGGCCAGGAGCACAAGCUGCCCAUGGAUGACCUGCUGCCGCUGCUCAUCUAUGUGGUGUCGCGGGCCCGAAUUCAGCACCUGGGAGCUGAGAUCCACCUAAUCCGGGACAUGAUGGAUCCCAGCCACAUAGGGGGCCUCUACGACUUCCUGCUCACGGCCCUGGAGUCCUGCUAUGAGCACAUCCAGAGAGAAGACAUGCGGCAGCACCGCUUGCCGGGCCCCUGGGACCCCAGGGAGCACUGGUAGCCCCACGCCGCCGGGACCCACGGGAGCAGCGACACCCAGCCUGGCUAGAGUGAGGGCCAAGGUGCCGGUGUGGCCCUGGAGCUGGUGGUCUCCCCCUCGGCCUCCUGCGGCAGCUCCCAGGAUGGGAGUGAGGAGCAGCUGGCGCCCGUGCUACCACGCCGCGGAGCCACCUGGCAGUGGAGGAGGCGGUCUCUGGGGACCUUCCACUUCCGUUUCUGACCUCGCCGCGUUCUGGAGCCCUCCUGAGGUCCCAUUUCGUCCUGGGCUGCAAUUCCCCUUUCGCCGCUGGUCGGGUUCCCGGCUGCUCGGCACUGCCUGGUUUAGCCAGCCCUCUCCCUGGGCAGACCCCCCCCCCCGCCAGCUCUGCCGGCUCCCACCUGCUCGGUCUGUGGUGAGGAUGGCCGCAGUCCCUCCACAACGACACGGAGGGUGGUGCCGGAGCCAGGGGCCGCGUCACCGUCCUUUGGCUGCCUCACUGCCAGUGGCCCGUGAGCCACACACCUGGGACCUCUGUGGGCCUCCCUGCGCAGGGCCAGCCCCCGUCCUGGCCAGCCAGCCCCUCCGCUCAGGACCCACAGGGAAUGGGGCCCUGGGACCCCUGUGGGAGGGAGCACUUUGUUUAAGUAGGCGUUCUGGUAGGGAGCCAGUUCCUGCUGGGCCUCGGUUUCUCUCCGCAGGGGGCGUGGCCCAGGUGACCUGCAGGGCCAGUAGGGUGAGUGACAGCAGGCAGUGUGGACCGGGGCGGGGGGGGGGGAGCAGAGCACUGGGUGCUCCCUGGGAGAACAAGCGGGACCCACCGCCUGCAGUGUGCCCUGGGUGGAAAGCGAGUUUGGCUCCUGCCCCAGCUCUAGAUGUGCCUUCCACACCAGACAACCGACCUCAGCCCCAGGGACCCUGGGAGAGCCCCGUAACACCUGAGCCACAGGGCACCUGGCCAGGUGCCCUCCCAAGGGAGCAGACACCCUCGCCCUGGCUGGUGCCACCAAAUGUGCUGCUUGGAGAGGCCGCAGGCUCUGCUUCUGUCAGACCCAUGGCGUCCCCAAGCAAGUCCCUGUGCAGGAGUGGAGCCGCUGUGGGGUGAGGAUCCCAGGACGCCAGGGACAGCCAGCGUCCAGCCGUGUGGCCUGUUCUGGGCCCUUCCUGCAGCACAGCCAGGCGUUCGUGCCCUGCACUCCUGCACUUCCGGCCCCCCUGGGGUCAGUGGGCCUCACCCCACACCUGCUGCACUGGCGCCUCUGGGCGUGGCCUGGGGGGGCUGCACAUUUCCCCAGGGGAGUCCCAAGAGUGGCCACGUCUACCUCAGACCCAACAGCACAGCCCUCCCAGCUGCUGGGGUCCUUCGCACUGGGCAGUGAGGAGGUUGACAGUGGGGCUCAGGAGCCAGGAAACCACCUGCUGUGGAGGUGGGACCACACCCCAGGGCCGGCCUCCCCAGCUGGGUCCUUCCAUGGGUGGUCACCGUGGGCCAUCCCAGCAGGACCACGAGUGGUCUCGUUCCUGACCACUGCCCAAUCCAGCAGGCGUAGCCAGGAGGCGGGAGAGGUGGUGGCUGAGGGCCACCCCCCACCCCCUGCGCCAUAGGUGACAAAGCUUGCUUUCCAGAGGCAGCCUGGAGGUGGGGAGGGGUCAUGGGAAAGGCAAGUGGCGUGGCCAGGGUCAAGGGCGGCCUGUUCUCAUCCCCCCUCCCCUCAUAAUUAAACGGUAUAUUUGAGAGAUG